AUGCCGGAGCCGCGCUCCUCGCUACAAACCGCGAGCAGCUUCUCCGAUGCGGGGUCCGGAAUUGAGCUGCCACUGCUGCUAAACCCACGACCUGACAGCUCAUCCACAGCGGCUGAACUCAGCACCCAAGCGACCAACGUGGCCAAUGCGCAGCUCCUCGAAGAAUACUUUGAAGAGUUGAACCUCUUCGAUUUUCCCCCGGACGCACCGAGCGUUGAAGCUGGCAAGGAAGCUACCAUAGAGCUCAGUGUCACUGCCCCCUUGCACGAUGAAGCUGGGGAAGCUGGCAUAGAGGUCAGUGUCACUGCCCCACAUGAAGCAAGCGAGGCUGAUGCCACGCCAUGCCUCCAUGUGAGUCCGGAGAUCGAAGAACCUGCUGCACAGACGGCGGAGGACUGUCGCGACUAUGUUUUCCUCUUGUAUGCAGUCGCGCAGGCGACUGUUUGCGAGACGGGCGAGACAAUCCCCGAGACUGUCCCCUCUUCGACUGCCCACGAGGUCGAGGCACUCGGCGAGACCUGCGAGACCUGCGAGACAGUCCGUGCCGGCGAGACACUCCGUGAGAUUGGCGAAAGUCCGAAGGCCAUUGAUAUCCUGGAUAUUCCUCUGGAGGAGAUGCUCGCACCGGACGACAUGGCACCGGACGACAUGAUUGACAUGAGACCGGAGGAGAUCCAGUGGUUGAAGCGAGUGCGACGGAUGAUGGCGCAGGAGGUUGGCCUACCUUCCCUGAAGAUGACCCCGCGCUCGCUGGCAGCGGCCUUGGCGGUGGCGCCGUCGGACACAUCCUCCCGUUGGACGGAGGCGAUGACCCCUCCCUCACCGCCAGCCCCAUCAGAUGAUGUGUGCUCAGAGGCUUCCAACCGGCCUGAGAAACCGCGUGUGCACCCUGUGCCGGCGCUGGAUUUCAGCAUGCUCCACACCGACGUGGAUUACAUGGAUCCAGAGGACCAUGAAACCGGCUACGAGUAUUCCACGGCUGUAAGCCACGCGAAAACGUCGAAAACCUCCAUUGGAUCCGAACACUCUGAAGCGAGCCGGUCCCAACUGACAACUGCCGAACCGGAGAAGCCAGACGUCUUCCAAGCAAAGUCAGGGCCUGAGGUCAGAUCACAGGCCUUCAUGAACAAGAUGCGGAAGAAGCAUUUGCUGCCACCCGUCGAAUCGCCCUUCGCAAAGCCAUUGGUGUUGGCUCCCAUCAAGCCCAAGGCGAAGGUGAAGAAGAAACAUCAUGAUCCUCAGAUGUUUUUUGAGGGUGGGGUGCCAGUGGUUGAACAGCUGCAUUCCCAUUUUCACCACCACUUUCAUCUUCGAAAUGAUCUUCCAGCCAUUUCACACACUAGUUUCUAG